AUGAUCCGCCCUCAAGACUUGGCUAACGUGGUAUUUUGCAUCCAGGAGGCACACCGCUAUGUAGCCCUAAGUAAAUUCGACAAGGCUCGUGCAAUUUGUGGUAUGGCGGUUCAUCAAUUGAACGAACUUCUACAACAUGAAAAGGACCCUAACUUUCCUACUGCAGUGAGGUUGGGCCACUAUGCUAUGGGUUGGUUUAGUAAAUUGAGCCUUGAUCCAGGGGCCGUACUUGACAUGUCUAAAAAGCUCCAAUGGCUCUCCAGUACAAUCUAUGGCGCUCAAUGGACUCCUGUGAUUCAGUUUGGCCAGGGCCUUCUGUCUAUGGACAUUGCCGCUUGUGAUGUCCAGCCCAUAGCGAUCACGUUGCCAGAUUUUUGCAAAGAAUUCACUUGUGAAUGUAAAGAGGUGGAAGCUACACCAGGGCUUGAUGGCUUUGGCGACUUAUGCCAGGAUUUGCUUCCCAAUUGCUCGUUCGUGCUGUCUUUAUUGGCGAUUCACGAAUUGGGACUAGGUAAAGAGCUUGAAAAGCUUGUGAUUUACAACAAAGAGGUUGCAAAAGUAAAGCUUCACAUAAAUGGAUGUGCAAGGGAAUUGCACAUUUCUACUGAGUUGCCUUUUGUUCGUCCUCCUCAUGAAGAUAGAUUCAUGUUUGUCAGGUCCAGCUCUAACGAGAAGCUUCUUUGGCCUGCCUUGAUUGAAAAAGCGUACUUAGUUGCUAUGGGUGAUGGCUAUAACUUUUCUGGGUCGAACAUGGCCCAAGAUAUAUACAUGCUUCUAGGAUGGCCACCUGAGGUUCGCAAAAUCAGUCAAAUGAGCCUUGCUCUGCUUGGUGAGUUCUGGACGCUCAAAGAAAAAGGCUUGGUCACGCUAGGAAUCGGUACGGGUGUGAUGUCGGAGUCUUUGGCUUCACAAUUGAAAGUGGUGCCUGGCCACGAUUACGUGAUCUGUGGAUACACAAAUGAAAAGCUUGUUUUGAAAAACCCGUGGGUUGGCCGGUCUGGAGCUCGUCUCUUGGAAGUGGAUGCAUCGGUAUUUGGCAAUUUCACGUACCUUUAUCUAAAUUGGAACGUCGAUGAGCUCUAUAAGCACUCCACCAGUAUGUCUGUGAUCUGUAACCCUCUGAAGUCCGAGGUGCUACUUCUUGGGAGGCCGCAGUAUAGUUUGGUGAAUGACAAUGAUGAAAAAGAGGAAGUUGGAAUUGCAGUGGAGCAGUUUCUUCUGACACAGGAGCACAUCACUCCGUACUCAGUGGACGUAUUUGAAAAAGCAAAGGGAAAAGUGGUGUAUCCCACACAGUAUGUUAUGGCCGCUGGCGGCAAGGUUAUCACGUCUCGAGGGUGUUUCAUGAAGCUCGAGCUCGCCCCCAAAUCCGAAUACACGGUUGUUAUAUCUGGUCCCCAAACAAAAGAGCUUUUUCUGGUGAAGCUUUGGAGCAACUCCAAUAAGGUCAAGUUUUCAAAAGCAGUGUUGCAGUAUCCUCAUAAAAAUGAAAUUGAAGACUCCUGGGGAAGUAACGACAAUGGAGGGCACUGGGCAUUGGAGCUGUACAUCGAUAACCCACAGUGGGAAAUUGAGGUGAAAAAGCGGGUACGGAAGAUGUUUGUGGGACUUUCGUGCGAUGACAAUGCCGACGUGAACUUCCAUAUACUUCAUGUUGAGAAGUCCAAAAGUCUACGAAAAAUCAGGAAUUUUGAUAAGUCCAAGUUGCUCUUCUGUGACGAUUACUCUCCUCGAAUACACCACCACGAGUUGCACGACGUGGAGCCUGGUAAGUACAGGCUCGUUGUAUCGAGUUACGAUGCAAACUUCAAGGGACACUUCCGACUUCUCGUGAUGAACGAUGGCGAUAAGGAUGCCGUCACCCUAGAAAAAGUGCCCAAAGCGUUAGGUCUCUACAAUGUGGCAGACGACUUCGAGUGGAAAAACCGCAACCGCUUUAGAAUCACUUUGCGUUCAAGUUUACCAGUCAACGAGGUCGUUGUGAAGUUACAAGCAGGUAAGGAGCCGCAGACCUUGUCGCUGUACCGUCCUGCUAUGCGUGCUUCUAUCUUUGAUGGACUAACCCAGGAGCCUGUUGUGAUAAAUAACAAGUGGAACGACAGUGUGUAUGGCGUUUUCGUGGAUGGCGUUCUCAAGAAGCCCGAGCAUGACUACAUCUUGCUAGUGGAGCGAUUCGAGACUGGUGAAGGAACAUGCCGUGUGAGUUUGGGUUCAUCAAGUAAACUCUCAAUCAAGGGUGAAGAUAAUUAA